AUGUGGGAAAACAGAGGAGAGAAGUUUGAUGGUAUAGGUGCAUCCACGUGGCCGGUAACCAUUCGUUUAUCCGCAGUUGUUAUACAAGAAGACUCCUCCAAAACGGAGUAUGAAGUAGUUGGACGUUUUCCAUUAGUUGACCCUUGGUGGAGAGUUAAUGUUAAAGCUAAAAAAAUGGGGUCGAAGUACUUUGUGCAAGGAUAUCCAUCGUAUUUUCUGCGGACUGAUAUAGCCGAAAACAACCGACAAGUCUUUUCACUUUUUCUUAAGGAAUGUGCUGUUCCCGAGGAUUUUAAAGAAAAGUUUUUUACUUGGCUUCCUGUGGAGUCUGUGCUAAGUUUUAGAAAUCUUGAAGAAAAACUAGAACAGUUCCAAGUUUCAUGCUUACAGACAGGGAAGAAACAAAGAGAUACCAAGGAUUAUGACAUCUUCUACUACGUUUCAAAAUCAUUCGCAGGAAAGGCAGUAUUGGUAGCUCUGACUUUUCCGAUGAUACUGGAAUUCUUGCCGAUUCUUCUGCCACGCCAUUUUUGCUGUCUGUUGGAUAUGGUGUGUUGGCAAAGAAAGACUGAAGAAAACAAUGGUACGGAUGGUGAGGAAGUAUGUUUUCAAGACAAGAUGCUAACAAAAUUGGAUGAGAUAUUAAAGAAUGNNNGCUUUAGAAUGGGAUUUGCAAAGAUUACCUAUAGGGAACUGAACCUUUCUUACUGCGAGGCAACGUGGGCCGCCUUCUGUCAGUGUGAACAUCUCCUCUCGAAGAUUCCUGACUUGCAGAAGAAUGCAUUAAUUCUUUAUGACCAACUCAAGAAAAAGUGUAGAGAAAUGGGACACACUUACGAAGAUCAAGAUGAAUUGGCUCGUUUUGUAUCUACAGAUAUGUCCAUUGAGCAUGCUUGGCAAUCUCUUGAAUUUUUGAAAGAUCAGAACAUAGUGAUUAGGGAGAAAAAACUGGUGUUUCUGCCUCAUCUUUACAAAUCUGAAAAAGACAUUGUAAUGUAUAUAGGUGACCUUCUGUCAAACCAUUCGUGGCAACUGGAUGUUGACGUGAGAAAGAUACUUAACGUUUCUGAGACAUCAAGAGAAAUGGUAGAUAACAAAAUGAAUGUUACCCAGUCUUGUGAAAUCGAACAUCUGAAGGAAAAUAGUCUGGACAAUCACACCUGUGAAAAUCACUUUCUUGAAAAGGAAGUGGGAUCUAUGUCAGGUACCCAAAGUAAAGCAGAGGUAGACUUAGAUCAGGUGAUUGCCUUGGAAAAGAUUUGUUCUAAUCCUGUCACAAUCAUAAGUGGAAAAGGAGGCUGUGGGAAAAGUACAAUAGUUAGCUGCCUUUUUCGUCACUUAAAGCAGAUGGAAAAAGAAGUGGAAGCUGCUUCUAAGGACUUCGAAGAAGACGUGGAUGCAUCUGAGGAGUGGAAUACCUUUGAUCAUAAUUUGGAGUUAGAGAAUAUGUACACAAAAAAGGUUUUGAAUGUACUAUUUACUGCACCUACAGGGAGGGCGGCAAGCCUUUUGAGUGAAAAAACUAAGCUUCCUGCAUAUACACUGCAUCAGAUCAUCUAUAGUUUUAAAUCGUGGAGGCAGAGUGAACAAGUACAGCCAUGGAAGUUUUCUACUGUGACGGUUCUGAUUGUGGAUGAAGGAAGUUUGGUGUCUGUACAUGUUCUUAGUUUAGUUUUAAAACUCUUGUGUGAGCAUGCUCAGCUUGCCAAACUUAUUAUUCUAGGUGAUACUAGACAGCUACCAAGCAUAGAGCCAGGAAACAUGUUAGCUGAUAUCUUUGAGGGUCUAAAAUCAAGAGGCUUUUCUGUGGAACUGCGAACUAAUCACAGAGCUGAAUCGCAACUAAUUGUAGAUAAUGCAUCAAGAAUUUCUCACCGGAAGCUUCCUGAAUUUGAUGAGGUGCUGAAAGUCUCUGAUUGGAAUGAGGAAAUGACAAUGCUAAGCCCAGAGAAGAAAUUCAUUCUUAUUGCUUUGCCUGCUGGUGGGGGUUGUGACAAUUUGCAAACUGCCAUAAGGACUUUACUUAAAAAAGGACCGGGAUUGCAGGAUGCCAAACAAUCGCAGUUCAUUGCUUUCAGAAGGCAAGAUUGCGAUCUAAUAAAUGAACUUUGUUGCCAACACUAUUCAAAUCACGUAACCAGAGACCAUAGAAACCGACUUUUAUUUCAAAUUGAUGACAAGAUUUCCUGCAUGCGGAAUACGUAUCUCAAGGAUCUCUUGCCAGACCGUGGCUUCGGAGAGGAUCCUAAUUGCCAUGAAUGCAAAAGUGGACAAACCUCCCUCACUACAGAGACUGCUGACGAGGACAAACGGCUAUGCAAUGGAGAUAUAUUUUUCAUAACACGGGAUGUAGAAGUUGAUAAACAGCGCUUAUUGACCAUCAGCAGCACGUACGGCUCCACUUUCACUGUGCGGUAUAAGGCACUGAAGAAGCUAUGUCAUAUAAAACACGCCUGGGCCAGAACUAUUCACACAUUUCAGGGUUCUGAAGAAAAAACUGUUGUCUACGUAGUUGGCAAUCCUGGCCGUCAGCACUGGCAGCACGUGUACACAGCCGUGACAAGAGGCCGCUGCCGUGUCUAUGUUAUAGCUGAAGAGAGGCACCUCAAGAGAGCAGUCACUAACAAGAACGUGCCCAGAAAAACUCGCUUACAGAGAUUUUUGAGAGAGGCAAUCGCAGAAAGAAGCAACUGUCCCAAACAAACUUCCUCUCCCCUGAUGAAGAACUGGCAGAGUCAAGAGGUUGAGUCUCUGUCUGUUUCUGUAACUCAGGGUGUUCCUGACCCCACUCUAGCUGGCUUGAUUAAACAGGAAAGGUCAGCGGUUUUUAAUAAAGAACAGACAGGCAAUUUGCAGCAAAGUCCAUCUAAAAGACAACAGAGUCUUGCAGAGCAUUCUGAGGACGCUACAGAAGUACCCUCUGUAAAAGAUUCCCCACUUGGGUCUUCCAAACUUAAGAAUCUAACUUUGGGACAGCCAACGCCUAGGAAGCUUUUCAAAAGCUGA